AUGGCCAAAAUGGGAGCAUUCAGAGGCCACCUAGUGUUUCUAAUAGGAUUGUGUGUGUUUCAUUGGAUUGCCUUGGGACAGGAAGUAGUCGAAAACUCGUCAACAGCCAUCCCGAGCAGUGAGACGACCACGAUCAUCUCGACCACGGUGGGCAGUUUGGAAGGGUCGAGCACCGAUGACACCACCGAGGCUGCCCUUGCGGUGCUACCGCUGGCAAGCAAGAAUGAUGCAAGUGAAUCACCCGUGCCUUCCACGGAUGAGCCAAAGCCGAUCGCUGAAGAGGGCAUGAGUUCACCGCGAACGCCCGACUCGAUGGAGGAAAACUCGACUGCGGUUGCCAGGAUGGAAUCCGGGACGUCUUCCGAGGUCAAAAGUGACAGCGUCCCAACCACCACGACCGAGCAGCCGGCGACGGGAAGCACCAACACAACCGCACGGCCGUUGCCGGCCGAAACGAACACCUCGACAACGGUCGUGGCGACCACGACGCUCGAGUCGGACGACGCGACCAAAAUGGAGGCGGACGGUGGUCCCGGCCCGAGCCCGAGCCCGAGCCCGAAACCGGUUAUUCUGCACGUCAAGUCGCCCGAAGAGGAGGCCAGCGACCGGGCCGGCGCGAACCCUCCCUCGAUACUGAACCACUUCCUACCGGGCGGCGAAAGUUCGUCCGAGGAGCUGCUCAAGAUGAGCGAUGGCCGCGCGUCGGCGGAAGUGCGCGGCCGGGCGAUCAGCUUCGGGCCGAGCGAGCCGAUUAAUUUCGUUACGGCACCGAACCUCGUCACGACGCAGCCACCACCUCCGUCGAGUCCGGUCCCUCCCAGCAAGCCGCCCACCGGUGACGCGUUCGAUGACCUCAGCAACAUCAGCAUGGAAGCGACCGACGGCUAUGGGGCGGAAAAUGGAACACGGGGCGCAUCGUCCGAGGGCAGCGCGGAAGGCAAGCCGAACGCGACCGACGGUAUGGUCUCGCCCGGGGAAUGUAUUUUCAACGGCAUCGAGUACAAGACGAACGCCACCGUGGAGAAGGGCUGCGACGAGCGGUGCCACUGCGAGGAGGACGGCAAGUGGCGCUGCGAGCCACGCUGUGGCCGACCGUUCGUGAAGCGUGCCAAAAGCGAGACCCUCACCGCCGGCUGCUACGAGAAUCCCUCCAAGACGGACGAAUGCUGCGCCACCGUCAUCUGCCCGUCGGAACGGUUCACCGAUGGACGCGUCGAACCGACACCGCUCUCGGAGGAGAUGACCACCGCAAAAGCGAUCGUAACCGGGUGCAUCUACAAAAACCGUUCGUAUGGCAUCAACGAGCGGAUGGAGGUGGGCUGCGAGCAGAUUUGCACCUGUACGAGCGAGGGCGAGAUGGAGUGCAGCCCCAGGUGUGCCCCGCUCAAUGCCACCCGCUCCGAGCAGUGCGUCGUCCUGCCCGAUCCGCACGAUCCGUGCUGCAAGCGGGAGUUCUGCGACGUAACGCUGGACGACCACGAGCAGAGCAGCGGCGUAAUGAUGCAGAUGGCACCGGCCUCAUCCUCCUCCUCGCCCUCCACCACACACGGUCCGGACUCGGAGCUACCGCUGGACGCCGACGGCGAGGCGGGCCAGUGUGAGUACAAGGGACGCCGCUACAAGCUGCACGAUCAGUUCCACGACGAGUGUAACGCGCUCUGUUUGUGCACCGAGGCCGGCGUACACUGUGCGAAGAUCGAGUGCCCUUCGGAGUUCGGACUGGACGUGCUCGAUCCGCACUGUCUCAAGUGGGGCCCGGAUCCGGCCACGUUCCGUGCGAUCGCACCCCGCUGCUGCCCGGAGCGGAUGCGUUGCAUCGACAAUGGCACCUGCGAGUACAAGGGUCAGUUCUUCGACAACUGGUCCGACAUACCGAGCAAUCUGACCGGCUGCGAACAGCACUGCUACUGCGAUACGGGCAUUGUCGAGUGCCGUCCGGCCUGCGCACCCGUGCCGGCCUCACCACCCUCCCAUCUGCCGUGCAGCUCCCGACAGGCCCGCCUAAUGCCGAUUCCCGGUGAAGAGUGCUGCAAACACUGGACCUGCAGUCCAAGCGGUGACAAUGGCAUAGCGAGCGGCAACGACGUGCUCAAACCGUUGCUCAUGCCGGACACCAUCGAUCAGUUCCUGCCGACGAAACCACCGGCCGCAACGAAACCGUCGGCGGAGAAAGAAAAGCACCCCGACGGCUCGAAGGAGAUGGGAGCACCGGUGCCCUUCUAUCCGACGGUCGACGGCAAACCGCCCAAGGUGCCCCAGGAGAAACCGCACAAGAAGUACACCAAAGAGGACGCCUCGCACCAGUCGAACAAGAACAAGGAUCACUUUAAUAACAUUUUCGGUGGCACCCAGCCGGGCGGCGAGGUGGACGAUGGAAGGUACGAUUACGGUAGCUACGAGGACGGUACGAAACCGGCCACCCUCGGUGUGCAACGACCCGGUCCACCCGGUUACUAUGGGCCGGAGAUUAAACCACACUACGGUGGUGAGUUUAAUCCGUACCUACAUCCGCUGGCCGGCGGGGUGAAUAGUGUCGGUGGCCAACAACAGCCGGUGCCACCGACCGGCCAACAGCCGGGUGUGCACGCAGUCUUGGACAAGCAACUGCUGAGCGUACUCGGACCGAACGGACCCGGCAGCCUGCCACCGAACAUUCGCAUCGAACAGCUGCUACAGCAUAUCCACUCGCAAGAUCCGAGCCUGGUGCCGCAAGGUCCACCGCUGCUGCACGGUCAGAACCUUCCCAACAUUCACGCACCCUACCAACCACCGAUACCCAACCCGGCGCAACCGGCGACGGGCAAUGGCAUCAACUACAACCAGUACGGUACGGACGCGCACAAUCCAUCGCACGUAGACAUUGGCCUUGCACCGCACGAGCAACCACCAUCGGCACCAGCAGGUCCCGGAGGUCCCGGAGGAUUGGCAUUCUCGGCGCUGCAGGUCGAUCUGAAGGUGCUGGCGCUUGAUGCGAUCGAUCCGAACACGGUGCGGGUAAUCUUCCUCGUGCCACAGGUUUACGUUGGGCUGCACGGUCGCGUUGAGCUCCGGUACACCCGCACUCGAAACAACGACACCAGCACCUGGCAGUCGCAGGUGUUUGCGCCCCCGGAUGACCUCAUCGCCACGCCGCAGCUCGAGUUCGAGCUGCCGGGUCUGAACUCCAACACGGAGUAUCGCGUAAAGAUCACCCUUAUUUUGCGCGACGUCAACUCGCAACCAUCUAGUCAGGUGUACACGGUCCGUACGCCGUCCGAUCGGGUCAUAACGCCACCGCCGGCACCGGGCAUCGGCAUCGGGGCCGGACACUUCCCGCACAUGCAGCAUCCGACAAACUUCCUCAAGGAGGUCAUCCAGGAUCCGGAGCUGCGCGCUUCGGAGGUCAACUCGACCUGGGCCAAAAUCAACUGGCGCAAGCUGGACGACGAAGAGCUGGACUACGUGGACGGGAUACAGCUGCGCUACCGCGAGAUCGACAGUGUCGUGUACCACGCGACCCCACUGAUUCAUCGGGCGCUCAGCGAGUACACGGUGGAAGGGUUGCGACCGCAGACGCGCUACGAGGUGGGCAUCUUUUUCAUACCUUUCCCGGGCCACGGGGAAGAGGUGCGUGCCGGUGAGAUGCUCCCGAUUACCACGGCCGAGCGGGUGGACGUGUACGGGUUCGAUGUGGUGGUGAACGCGAGCAAAAUCAAAGCUACCAGCGUGGAGGUCAGCUGGUCCGGAGUGCCCUACCCGGAGGACAAGUACAUCAACAUCUACCGAGCGAUCUAUCAGAGCGACAGCGGUAAAGAGGACUCUAGUGUGUUCAAGGUGGCCAAACACGAUUCAACGACUGGCACGUUGAUAGCCGACCUCAAGCCGGGUACCCGGUAUCGGCUGUGGCUUGAGAUGUACCUCACGAACGGAAGUAUCAAGAAGAGCAAUGUGGUCAAUUUCAUUACCAAACCUGGCGGACCAGCCGUGCCUGGAAAGACCGGUAAACUUGCGGCAGCUAGUGCUGUCGGUUCGCCGAACGGCGAUUACUACGGACCGCUGGUGGUGGUGGCGGUCAUUGCCGCGCUGGCCGUCAUGUCGACGCUGAUACUGCUACUGAUUCUAACAAGGCGACGCGUGCAGAGCGCUACCAUUACGCCGCCAAGGAAAAACGAUGCCGCUUACGAUAAUCCUAGCUAUAAGGUCGAAAUUCAGCAGGAAACAAUGAAUCUAUGAUUCGAGCGAGUCUUCCUGUGAAGGCGCACGUGCAAGACGAAUCUAUUGCGCACUGUUUUAUAUUUAUUACUAGUUCGGAAGUUCGACGAUCGGCAAAGUCACUUGACGCUGGGUCGGCCAUCGCCAACCGACGAUUGCGUCCCAGCCCCUUGUAAAUAGUAGAAAGAUAAUCCGUCCGAUCCGAUGCAGAUAGUAACGACGCAUAACUCCAACAACUACCACUGUGGGCCGAUCCGGUCGCAUAAACCUUGACCCAGCGUGGUCGUAGCAACUAUUGAAAACACUCUUCCAAUGCUCCAUGUGUUCUACGAGCUUCAGCAUAUUGAUAAGGAAAGGCUCUGGCGAUAAAUCGUACAUAAAACGCUGUAAAUAAGAAUUGGAAACAAUCGAGCGAAACAUGAGGAAAUUUAAAAAUUAAAAUGAGCUCCAACUACUCUAAAGUACUGCCCUCGUAUGUCGGAUAUGUGUACAUAAAUAAA